GAAUAGGGCGAGGCGAAUUUCUUUAUCAAAAAUAUAAACAAACAAAGUUUUCAAGGCUAUUUACUGCGAAAUAUUCAGUUCAGUGGUCAGCGCGAGAGUGUGAAUUAAUUAACCGUGACAGGCGAUAUCGUAUAUCCUCAAUAUUAAAUGCAAACACCUCAUUUACUGCGUAUGAAAUAGUGUAGAACUUUGUAAAAAUCAUGGGUUCUAAAGAACAGGAUAGUCCGGCUUUAGAAGCACAGGAAUCGUUAUUAUAUUCAGCCAGGCAUGGUGAACUGAAAGUAGUCAAUGCCCUCUUAGAGGCGAAGAAGGAUGGAAAACUAACUUUGGAUAUAAAUUGCAAAGGCAAAAGCAAAAGUAACAUGGGUUGGACACCGCUGCACUUGGCCACAUACUUUGGCCAUACAGAUGUUGUGAAGGCCCUACUAGAGGCUGGAGCGGAUGUGGAUGAUGUCAACGACACUGGUGAUACAGCUCUGCAUAAGGCUUCGUUUAUAGGCAACGAGGACCUAGUAAUCCUUUUACUGAACCACAAAGCAGACGUGAACAUAAUGAACGGCGAAGGCCGUACAGCGACAGAUAUGUGCAAGACAAGAGAUGUACAGCGGUUGUUGGAAGCGGCACAGAGGGCGGAGCGACACGAAAGGGAGAGACGACUACUUAACGCUGCUAAAGAGGGACGGAUAGAUGAUAUACAGGAAUUGCUGAGCUCCCCAAACCCUCCGAACAUAAACUGCGUUGACGCUCAAGGUAACACCUGCCUCCACUGCGUCGCGUAUAGAGGUCACGCCCGAUUAGCUGUGCUGUUACUGCAGAACGGAGUCGAUACUACCCUGAGGAAUAAUAGUGGUCAAUUAGCGAUAGAGCUGGCGAAGGACGCAGACAUGCGCGAGGUGCUGAGCGUGCGGCCCGUGCAGCGGCUGCAGCGGACUGCGGCCAGGUUCGAGGGGCCGCUGAUGAAGCGGUCGCGGUUCCUGGGAUGGAGGCCUGUCUGGGCGGUGCUUCAACGCGGGGUGCUCCUAUACUACGGGUCCCGCGCAGAAGCAGCGAGGGAAGGAGGGAGAUGGCGCGCGCGCAAGUACUUGGACGCGGCCAAGAUUACCGCGCCGGACACCGAACCCGCACUACUGGUGGUCAGCUUUAGUGACGGGGACACACACAGGCUGGCUGUGCCGCAGGGGGACAAGGAUAUCACUGUUUGUAGACAGUCCUGGUUAACGGCGCUAAACGACCACAUAGCGUACUCAGGCCACUAUCUAUGGGCUGGAGCCUCCCCCGACUCGACGAAGGAAGCCACUGAAGACUUAGAAGACGAAUGCAAACCUUUAGGAUCGAUGCAGGACGCGUUGACGGCGGCCACGAACCACCUGGCCCUGCUGGACACGCAGCUGCGCGAGUGCGCCGCCAUCGUGGCCGCGCUUGACAAGAGCGUCAACGUUGGGAACUCGCUGCACCAUUCCGCCUACAUGAGGUUCCAGCACGCCUGCGGCACGGGCCAAGAGGCGCUGUCAUCGCUGCGACACUGCGCCGCGUUGGUUGCGCAGGCGCGGGACGCGGACUCCGCACGGCUUAAUAGAGAGCUGGAAAGAAAUAGAGUGUUAGAAGAAGCUCUGGCGGCGUUGGCGCGUACGCAUCACGCGCUGGAAAUGUCCGUCGCAGAGGAACUCACUAAGAGCAAAAGAAAGAAAAAAUCAUCGGUAAACGAGUCUAAGGAGAAUUUCUUCGACGUAUAUGAAACAUCAGACGACGAGGAUGACACCCUAGUAACAGCCGGACUGUCGAGUCCUCUGGGCGCCCUCAGUCCGUGGGGCAGCAGCCCUGACCUCAUCGAGAGACGGACACCUAUAGGAAGCUUAGAUGGCGACAGGACCCCUACAAACGAAGAGCAAGAGCCAAUCUAUGGUCCUCGUUACACUGGUUCGGGGUCAGAGUCCCCGCAGUCACUGCACACGGCCAUCAGUCCCGCCAGCUCGCGAGGCACGCUCGUGUCGCAGGGCGGACAUGUCUACCGGAACGCCAGGCCGUAUCGGAAGACAACUAAACUUAGUUCUCAGUGGUCUCUUUAAGAGUGUGGUUAGUACAAAUUAGAACACUCAAGUAGUUAGCACGAAUUAUACAAUGAAUUUAGUGAUCAUUUAUUAAUAUUUUUAUGUAAAUAAACACGCAAGCACACGCACAGUUAUGUGUAAAUAUCUAUACGAAUAUUAGGAUUAAUAAACUCAUGAUGAGGUUGGUCAUUGACCUUAAAACCCGAAUAUCCUCACGAGAAGACAAAGAAUAAAUUCUUUACCAAAAAAUUGCUAUACCAAAUAAAUCUGGCAAUAUUGUUCUAAACAGAAGGACAAAAAUACGAAACGCUUUAAUAUCUGUUAGUAUUAGAUUAAGAUUGUAAUUAUAAAACCUACAGAUCUGCACAACUCUUUCUUCUAAGUAAGUUACUUAAGGAAGUAAGGCCCGAUAUAUCCUUUUCGAAGUUCAUUCUUGCGUGGAAAACUCGGUCUUAAUAAAGUAACUGUGUAAUGUUGGCCUAAGGCUAAAUACAGAGUGUUAGUGUCAUCGUAACGAACACUUUGAGGGAUGAUUCAGACCAUGAUUCCGAGUUGAUAUCAAGUGGAAUUUUCCGUCGCACAGGUAUGCAACUGAAAAUAAUCAAAAAAAUAUCACUAAUAUUUUCAUGAAUUUUCCGACGGGAAAUUCCAUUUGAUAUCAACUCUGAAUCAUGGUCUGAAUCAUCUCCCUCAGUAUU